AAUAUAUGAUAUUUAAUAAAUUUAAAUACGAAUUUAUUGAAAUGUAUCUGGGAAAAGUUUUUCAUCCUGUCAUCCAUAUAAUCAUCAAUUUAUCUAAUAAACGAUCAACAAUUGCACUCUUAACAAAAUGGCCCCAUGUCCUAAAAUGCCGGCGUCAAAAUUUAAAAAUAUGAAUUUGGCGCGUAAAUUUGCUUCUUAAAAUUGGUACUUGGAAAACAUUAUUACCAACCGUCGUUGUUGAAGAACAUAUUCCAUAUCUAUAUUUUCAUAACCAUACCAUACUAUACUAUACACAUAUCACACACAUAGAUAUAUAUAAUAUAUAUAUUAAAAAUAAUAAUUAUUAAAAGUCGUCGCGCGCAUCUUAGCUCUCAUGGUCUACAAACAUUGACCCAGUGGAUCGUCAGUACACGGUUAGUGUGAAAAAAUGGCGGAUGUCGACUUGAAUAUUGACAAUUUAAUUCAAAGAUUACUCGAAGUUCGAGGAUGUCGUCCAGGAAAGUCAGUUAUUAUGACGGAGGCUGAAGUACGCGGUCUAUGCCUAAAAAGUCGUGAGAUAUUUUUACAACAGCCAAUACUAUUGGAAUUAGAAGCGCCACUAAAAAUAUGUGGUGAUAUACAUGGACAGUACACAGAUUUAUUGCGUUUAUUUGAAUAUGGGGGUUUCCCGCCUGAAUCAAAUUAUUUGUUUUUGGGUGAUUAUGUUGACAGAGGUAAACAAUCACUUGAAACAAUAUGUUUGUUACUAGCAUAUAAAAUAAAAUAUCCAGAAAAUUUUUUUUUAUUACGUGGUAAUCAUGAGUGUGCUAGUAUAAAUAGGAUAUAUGGCUUCUAUGAUGAAUGCAAACGUAGGUAUAAUAUUAAACUGUGGAAAACAUUUACGGAUUGUUUCAAUUGUCUACCGAUUGCUGCUAUCAUCGAUGAAAAAAUUUUCUGUUGUCACGGCGGACUCAGCCCUGAUUUGCAGGGAAUGGAACAAAUUAGAAGAAUCAUGCGACCAACAGAUGUACCAGACACUGGUUUGCUCUGUGAUUUAUUGUGGUCAGAUCCCGACAAAGAUGUUCAGGGUUGGGGUGAAAAUGAUCGCGGUGUUUCUUUCACCUUUGGUCCUGAUGUAGUGUCUAAGUUCUUGAAUCGUCAUGAUAUGGAUCUAAUAUGCCGUGCGCAUCAAGUUGUAGAGGAUGGUUACGAAUUUUUUGCAAAACGUCAGCUUGUCACGCUAUUCUCCGCCCCUAAUUACUGCGGUGAAUUUGAUAAUGCCGGUGGCAUGAUGAGUGUUGAUGAAAAUCUCAUGUGUAGUUUUCAGAUUUUAAAACCGUCCGAGAAAAAAGCUAAAUAUCAAUAUGGUGGCAUGCCCGGAAUCCAAACAGGAAGACCAUCUACACCACAAAAAAAUCCAACGAAGAAAAGCAAAAAAUGAUCUUCACCAGCUGAUCCUGCAUAGCAUUCACUCAUGUCAUUUUAGUUGCGGGGGCGUUCAAUUAUUCUAUUGAGCCGAUAAUUUAAAAGUCGAAUGUAUACAAGUACCUUCUUCUUCCUAUUAAUUCGAUUACAUUAUAUAUAUAUUUAAACUAAAAUAUCAUAUAUAUAUAUAAUUAUUAUUGUUACAAAAUAUUAUUAUUAUUAUUAUUAUUGAUAUAAAAAACAUAGAGUUUAUAUAUUAUUUAACUAUCAAACUUAUAUUUGAUUAUUAUUUUUUAAUACAAAGAAAAAAAAAAUUAACAAAUAUUUAUUAUACUAAUACUUCCAUUUGCUAAUUCAUUUUUUUGCAUUUUAUAUUAAUACUUUAUUUAUUUUUAUUUAUUCACAAAUUAUAUAAACGCUUAAAUAAAAACUUUGAUUUAUCACUCGUACAUAUGACAUAUAUCUUUAUAUAUUUAAUUUUAAAAAAUAUAUAGAUAAAUAUAUAUAUUUAAUACAAAACCAAUUAAUUUGAAAUUUUAUUUUAAUAUUUAAUUAGUAAUUGACAUCUGACCUUUUUAAUUUUCAUAUUUAUUUAAAAUUGUCAAAAAAUAUAUAUGAAAAUUGAUAUUUAAUCUGCAAAUUUUUUUUUAGGAUUUUCUCAGACCUCCUGCCCCCACUUUUUAAAAAUAUUCAACAACUCAACUGUCAUUGUAUUGAAAUUUGAAUGAUUAAUUAUAGAAAAAUUAAAGCAUGAAUUUGAAAAAAGACAACAAAGUUACGAUUUCGCCGACAGAUUUAAAAGUGAGUGUGAAUGUAGCAGACAUCAGAAAAAUUCAAAAUGAUUAAUAAAUAAAGUAAAUAAUAUAAAAAUAAAAUUUUGAAAAAAAGGCGCGUUUUUUAAAUUUUGAAAUUAGUAAGUGCAUUUUUUAUAAAUAUGAUUUUUUUUUAUUACUUACUCUAUUUACUUAAAAUUUUUAAUUUAUCUGAUGUUUGCUACUUUCACACCCAUAUUUAAAAAAAAAUUGUUUUCGAUUCCUAUUAAUUAGAAGUUUAACGAAAUUCGGUAAUUUACUCUGUAAUCAUGAAUAAGUGAAAUAGAUGAAUAUUCACUAAUUCUGAGUGCCAAUAGAACCACUUUUUAUAAUAAGAGGUUCGGUUUGCACUUGAAAUUAGUGAAUAUUCAUCUAUUUCACUUAUUCAUGUUUACAGAGUAACUUUAGCAUAAAAAAAUUUGACAUUUCGGAAGAUGCAAAAUAUUGAUAUGAUGAUUUCACUGAAAUUUAUUUACCAAAUUUCGUUCAAGUCCUAAUUGAUAACGACUCUCAACACUUUUUUUUAACAUCUUUAUCUCGGCAACAAUUUCAAGUACUUUGUCCUUUUUUCAAUUAAUGCUUCUAUUUUUUUUUAACAAAUUGAUGAAAUUUUCAUACUGUAAUGACAGUUGAACCAUUAAAUAUUUUUAAAAAGUGAGGGUGGGUAUUGUCUAAGAAUGUCUUUAAAUUUAUAUUAAAAAGUAUUACUCAGUGGCAUCGCAUUGUCAAUAUAACCCAGAUAGAAAAAUACUAUCAUUAAUUGUUUUUUUUUUCAUAACCUAGAAAAAUUUUAUUAAAACUUUUUAUAGUAGUCUUGGUAUUUUAAAUUACAUAUAUUUAAUGAAAAUUCGACAAAGUGAAGCACUAAAUAUGUAUGAUUGUUAAUAUAUAUUUUAUAUGAAGAAAAAAAAAUUAGACUGAACAAAAAAUAAUUAAAAUAUUCAAAAUUAAAAUCAAUGCGCGUUGACUUAUUCGAGGUAAUUAAUAUUUCUUUCUAUCUGGGAAUUACAAUUAAAAAAAAAUUUUUAGAUACUUUUAAGUCUACUUAAAUAUUAACAGCAAAAAUAAAUGGAGGAAACUAUAAAACAUGAUUAAGUACGCCGACAUUUAAAUAAAUUUGUGUAUUGAUGAAUGAUAAUAAGUAAAUAUGAAUGAGAGAUUGAUUGAUUUAAGAUAAAAAUAAUAGAUAUAUAACAGUAUUUUUAAGGCGAUGCCUCUGUAUAGAUAAUUACAAUAAGCACUAUUGUCUAUGAAAAAUAAUAUUAAUUUUGGUGAGAAAAAUGCAUUGUUAAAAAAGUAUAAUAUUAUAAAUCAUAAUUUAGGUUUAUAAUUAAUAAUUGAUACUUGAUAAUUGAUAAAAUUAAUGUACAAUGCCACGUAGGAAUUUUAAUGAAAGAAAGAAUUGCAAAAAGGUUGUCACUGUUAUCAGUUUAAAAUUUAAAUAUUUAAUUUACUUGGUGAGUUAAUUAUCAAUAAAAAAAAUGAAUAAUUAGAUAUUUAUAUUUUGUUAUAAAUAUUAUAAAUUAUUUAAAUUUGCAAUGACUUGUUAUUAUUUUUAAAUUAAAAUAAAUUAUUUAUUUAUAAUUAAUAAGAAAAUAUAAAUAUACGAGGAAGUAGUUGUUAGUUAAUAUAUA